AUGACCUACUCCAAUGAGCAACGCGGCUCUUUGUUGAACGAUGACGUCAAUGCCACCAUCGACCAAGGCCAGGAUGUCUCCCUCGCAAAAUGGACCGAGUUCCGAUUUCCCCCGCUGCGGCUCCUCCUCUUCCGUGUCGCCUGGUUCCUCGUUCCCAGCUUUCUCCAGAGCCGAUAUAUGCGUGAGCACGUCCGCCCGACGAAACUGGGCCCUACGGCCUAUCUCGACGGUGUGAGAGGCGUUGCUGCGCUCAUUGUCUCCUUCGGCCACUUUACGAGGCCAGGCUACGAUACUCACAUUGGCUGGGGGGUCGAUGGCGGAAACUACCAAUUCAUGCGUCUGCCCUUCUGUCGUCUGGUGUACAGUGGAGGGGCCGCUGUAGCCGUCUUCUUCGCCAUCUCUGGCUAUGUCCUCUCGUAUAAACCCAUACAACAUAUCCAGAACAGAAAAUGGCACACCUUCAGCACCGAAUUGAGCUCCAUGGCCUUUCGGCGUGCGAUCCGGCUUUACCUGCCGACUACGAUUAGCACGGCAAUCAUCGCCUGCAUUAUGCAAACGGGUAUAUUCGAGCGGACCCAAUCGAUCGAGAACAAUAGAACAUAUUUUAAUUACAACGUUCCCUUUCACAUUCGGGCACUUCCCUCUGCAUCCGAGGAGUUCACGCGCUGGGUCGAUGUUGUUACAGGGGCGUUCUUCCCCUUUAGCUGGGACAAGUAUGAGCCAUAUCAGUGGUAUGAUGGUCAUUUAUGGACCAUCCCUAUUGAAUUCCGUGGCUCGUUCUACUUAUUCGCUGUCAUUUUGGCAACGGCUCGCCUCCAGACUAAAUAUCGGCUCCUUACUGUUGCGGCCAUCAUAUAUUACGGCUACAUAUGUUCCAGAUGGGAAUUCAUAUUAUUCCUCAGCGGCAUCCCCCUCGUUGAGUGGGAUCAUAUUCGCGGGGCUCACAUUCCACCUUCGGUCCUAGGAGCGAAGGAAACCACCCCCUCACGAUCAACAUUGAAGACAAUCUUCUGGCACCUGGUCAGCGCCCUGGGUCUCUUCUUCCUGAGCCAGCCUGAAGAGGGAGGUGAGACAACCCCUGGCUGGGCUUACCUCACAUCUCUGAUCCCAGAGUGGUGGCAGGUUGAACAACAACGCUAUUGGCAAAGCGCCGGUGCUGUCUGCUUCCUGUUCGGUGUCGCCCACUCGCCAUGGUGGCAGCAAGUCUUUACCUCACGCAUUGCUCAGUACUUAGCCAAGAUUUCAUACUCUAUAUACCUUGUCCAUGGGCCAGUGCAUCUGUUGAUCUGCAUGCCCUGGCAGAAGUUUGUGUGGGAUCUCACGGGCGUUGAGGGAAAUGCAUUCCACGUCGGAUACGUCUUGGGCGUCUUGUUCAGCAUCCCAAUGGUUAUUAUGUUUGCUGAUAUUUUCUGGCGGGCUGUGGAUAUCCCUACAGUCAAGUUUGCUCGAUACGAGGCCAAACUCAGUGUUAAGGUCCACUAG